AUGCAGCUACUCGCCUUCCUGGCCACAGUCACUCUUUUGGCAGUCCUAUCCUCAGCAGCCGUGAUCCCUCGACCACAACACGAGCUCCGCUCACUCUUCAACGCAAGCCUCCAAGACCAUAUCCAAAGCCGUCGAGACAACAUCCAAACCAAUCAACUCCCAGCCGGCGCAGUGCUCAACCAAUGCACCGUCCCAGGCACAGUGGCCCUAACAUUCGACGACGGUCCUUACAUCUACACUCCCCAACUCCUAGACACCCUAUCCGCCCACCAUGCAGUCGCAACCUUUUUCCUAAACGGCGUGAACAAAGGCAGCAUCGCAGCCUUCCCAGACCUCGUCCGCCGAACCCUGGCCGAAGGUCACCAACUCGGUUCCCACACAUGGGGCCACCUCUCGCUCCCCAGCCUCCCGUACCCGUCGAUCCUCGACCAAAUGAUCUCCCUCGAAGACUCGCUCUCCGCUCUUUUGGGGUUCUACCCAACAUACAUGCGCUUCCCGUACCUGCAGUACGACGGCGUGUCCCUAGCUGCGAUGGCGGAGCUAGGGUAUAGGGUCAUCGGCGCGAGUGUCGAUACGAAAGACUACGAAAAUGAUGACCCUGGGCUGAGCUGGCGCAGUUUCGAGAAGUUUAAAACGGAGCUCAAUGCUGGUGGGACGAUUGUGUUGGCGCAUGAUUCUCAUCAGACGACCGCGGAGGUAUUGGUUGAUAACAUGCUUGCGGAGAUUGAGAGGAGGGGGUUAAAGAUGGUUACGGUUGGGGAGUGUCUUGGGGAACCGGCUGAGUUUUGGUAUCGGCAGGGUCGUUGA